GGAGGGGACUGCGCAUGCGCCGCCCGCCGAGGCGCGAGGAGAGCCUGCACGUGACCGCGGCCGUCGGGAGGCGGUUGAGGGCGGUUGGCGCUGAGGGGACGGGGGGCCCUGAGGCGGGGGUGGUGCGGGCUCUGUUCUCCCUUCGGCCCGUCAGAGAGUCCUCUGUUUCUCACAGGUGUUAGAGGCGUGCUGGCGUUUCCCCACUGUCAGCUUUCUGCGCCUCUCCUUGGGCCCCUCUCCCCUCAUCGGGGUGUCCGGCCCUGGGGCUGGCUCUCCUCAGCGAGCCGUCGGGCUCAGUGCCUUCGUUCUCUUCUCAGGGUCCCCAGGGAAGGAGCAGCCACUACUGAGGGUCACCUGCUGGCGUUCCAGAAGUGUGAAUUAAGUCCUGCUGCGGUGAUUUGCAGCCUUUCCUAGUUGCGUUGAGGGAAGAGGAUGGCGCACGCGCUCCCGCUUCCAAUUCCCUGCCCUGUCCAGCUUGGGACUACAAGAGGGGACUCCCCUGAAGCUCAGAUGCAUGAGUGUGUCAGACAGGGAAACUGCGUCAAGGUGAAGAAGCUUCUGAAAAAAGGCACCUUUGUUGAUGCUGUGAAUUCCAUGGGCCAGACAUCUCUCUUCACUGCUGCAUUGUUAGGUCUUGGUAAAAUAGUGGAUGUGCUGUUGGAUUAUGGCUCUGACCCUAAUCAUCGCUGUUAUGAUGGAAGCACCCCAGUCCACGCAGGUGCAUUCUCAGGAAAUCAGUGGAUUCUUAGCAAGUUACUGGAUGAAGGAGGUGACCUGAGAGUACACGAUAAAGAUGGAAAAAAUCCGCAGUGCUGGGCUAUGUCAGCUGACAAAGAAAGCAGUGCUCAGAUGCUGGAAUUCAUACAGCGCUGUACAUUCCACAUGCAGGCUGCCAUUCAAAAUUUUCCCUGUGAUCAACUCAGGAAGGUUUGCUCCUCAAAAGCGCUGGUUUGUAGUCCAUCUAGGUUUGGUGGUCUUGUUCAAGGAAAUGUUGACAGUCCUUUGGGUAGAUUUCUAAAAUGUGGAGCUAAUGCAGCCAGGAACAUUUACAGCUUUGGUUUUGGGAAGUUCUAUCUUGCAGGCAGCAGGCAUCUAGGGUACUUGGCAUCUCUCCCUAUUAUUGGGGAAAAAGACGUGGUUCAGGCAGAUGAUGAACCGACGUUUUCUUACCAUGUUGGACCAUGCAUGAUCAUGACAAACUUGAUGUGGGGAAGCAGCAGAGUUACAGUGAAGGAACUCAGCUUUGAGCCCCAUCAGAACUGCAGUAAGCUGCGCUUAGCUGAUCUUCUCAUUGCAGAGCAGGAGCACAGUAGUAAACUCCGUCAUCCGCAUUUGCUGCAAUUGAUGUCUGUUUGUCUGUCUAGUGAUUUGGAGAAAAUCCGUUUAGUAUACGAAAGGGUAAACUUUGGCUCUUUGUACAGCAUCCUUCAUGAAAGGCGUACAGAAUUUCCAGUGCUGCGCAUGGAGACAAUUUUGCAUGUACUGCUUCAAAUUAAUGAUGCUUUGCGUUUUCUACACUCCCGGGGGUUUAUCCAUCGUUCGAUUACAUCCCAUGCUAUUCAGAUUGUUUCUUCUGGAGAGGCAAAGCUGUGCAACAUGGAAUACAUGAUAGAGAGCAAAGAUGGUGGAGAACACAGUGAUCUGACUCGUAUUCCUGUCCCAGUCCAGCUAUUUAAAUGGUGCUCACCUGAAGUAAUCCUUGAAAAAACUGUCACGGUGAAAUCGGAUGUUUACAGUUUCUGUACAGUAAUGCAGGAGGCCUUGACAGAGACCCUGCCCUGGAAAGGUGUUGAAGACUCUGUUAUUAAACAACUCAUAAUUUCAGGACAACAGUUAGAAGCGGAUGUCAGACUUCCUAUACCUUACUAUGGUGUAGUAAAGUCAGGGCUAGAACCUAAACAGAAGAACCGCUCCAUGAACCUUCAGGAUAUUCAGUAUAUACUGAAAAAUGAUUUAAAGGACUUGACUAAGUCUCAGACUGGCCACACUGAUGAAAUGUCAAAAGUGCAAAGGCCUGCCGUUUUUGCAGAUAUAAACAUCUGUUUGGCAUCAGCUUUUAGCUACCAGAAGAGAACACUGGAACUGCAUGAAAAAGAGGUAACAGAGGCUGACAGCUCUCCUGCCCCAAGAUACUCUCUUUUUCCUGAGGAGACUAAUGCUUUAGUAGACUGUGAGGCAUCGAGCAAUCUACAGCCAGUUGCACAGGAAAAAAUUCACGACUUAGAUUCUGAAGUCCAGGCGACCUGCAGUGUCAGUGAUGUGGAUGACAGCCUCUGUAGCUUUGAAAUGAAUGAAAUCUUGGCCAGUUAUCCAGAAUCUCAUGAAGACUUCCAGGAAGAAGGAGCUGGAGUAGGUCAGACUCUAAAGGAUAAAGAAAGGCAGCAAAAGGUAAAAGAUAAGGCGGCCCUCAGAGACCUCUUUGUGUCCCCUGGAGUGUACUGUGAGGAAAAUCCAGCUUAUGAGGAAUGUGGCUUUUCAGACUCAGUCACAGAGGACACUACAGAAGAGGAGGAAGGGGAAAGUGACGUCUCUGACCUGUGCAUGCUGGCACAGGUGAGAGGAGAUGCUGGGAGAAGAAUGAGUGGUCCGUCCCCAGAUGAGCAGCACAUCAGUAAAUGUGUCCUUAAUUUAAAGAUUGUUCAGAGCAUGUUGCAGCAGGCAGCAGAUUCCCUGUGCAGAACAGAGUUAAAACUGGACAAAUUCAUUGCCAAUGAAAGGCAAAAGAAGCUGCUCCAGGAAAUGGGAACGUAUCAGCUUUCUAAGCAAACUUCUCAUGACAGACCCUGGAACAGAUCUGAUGAUAUCUACCAAAACACCAAUAACCCUUUUUCUGGACUUAAUGUUUUUUUAUGGAAAGCCAUAGGUCCGCCCUCAAGUGGCUAUAUUCCACCUCUGGUAACACGCGAGGCACGAGGAGGUUUGGGUGGAGAUGGUUUCCAGGCUAUUUCAAAGGCAGCAGAGGAAACGUGGGCAGCUCAGAAUGAAAAGUGGAAGAGCUUUCAUCAGAUGAGUAAGAGUAAAAAUGAAAACAACCAGCAUGAUCUCAGCUUCAGUGGGGUGAAAAGCCUGGAUAAUCGAGAGGGCCUAGACCAUGAGCAUUUACUCCCACGUGUGUCUGUAAGAUGCAAAAAUAAGUUCAACUUGCAGUGUCAGAGAGGGAGUGAUUCACAUUCUGCAGCAAGUGGAAGUGAAGAAGAGAGGUGGUGCUAUCCAAAAUCAGCAUCUGAAAUUUACAGUACAAAAACAAGUGAGGAGAGAAGGAUGAGGCAACCAGAAUGGAGGAGUGAAGUAAAGGAAAUGGCCAAAAGAGUGGCCUCAGGACAACUGGAACUCAUUUCUACAAAUCCAACCAGUGAAUGUACAUCUGAAAGUGAAACGGAGAGUAUAGAGGAAGCCUUUCAACACAUCGCCAUUAGGGUCCAAAAAAGUCGAGACCAACAGAGAGAGAGAUGGCAUGCAGGUGACAACGUUGAGCCUUGGGAUGUGGGCUGUGAGGAUAGAUCUGCAUCUGAGGAGAGUGAUUUGGAGUCUAUGUUCAUAAGUUCUGGGGGGAGAAGUUGCCAGUCACCAUCACAAGAUGAACAAGCAGAAUCUGGAAUAACUAUUCAUAAGAGUUCCGUCAUUCCUCAACAAGCUGAGAUUCUCUCUAGAGGGCAUUCAAGAGAAUUACCUUGUUCCAGUAUUUCAUCUGCUGACAUGUCUGAAGAAUUCUUGACUCCAGAUUAUUUCCUUCCUCCUCCUACUCAGGGAAACACAGAUCUAGAGGUAAAAAUCACAGACAAGACAGGAAUGAACUCUGUUUCAAGAAUGUUGGACACCUCAAAUCCUGGGGACAAAUUAGAAGACACUUGUGACGUCCUUUUACAGAAAAGGAAAUCUGAAGAUGCAGGAUUGGGUAUUCAGGUGUCAGGAGGAAAAAUAUUAUUCUGCGGCACAGCAGCACAGAACUCAGGCAAUAACACACUAGGAGUGAAUCAGCUUAGCCAUAUGCCUGUAGCCAGUGUUGAAGCAGCCCAAGAAUUGAUAUCAGGAGAGCCGCAGGAAGACUCCAAAGAAAAAGAUAUAUCAGUGACAGAUAUUCAGGAUUUGUCAAGUAUUCCCUGUGAGGAGGAGAACUACUACAAGAAUAUAAAUUGUAAAACACCCAGAGUGAGUCAUGCACCCACAAGUGUCAGCACUCCACUCAGCUCAGAGGAAAAAAAAUCAGUAGCCUUUAAGAAAUACAGACACGGCCAUGAAGUAGCUUUGGAUUCUUCCUCUUGUGGUUGUCAAGAGGUGUCCUCUGCAGAGUCCAGGACAUUCACUACAGCCUAUGAAGAGGGAAGGAGCACUGAAAAUACCUCUGCCCCUGUAGAAGUUCAUUCAUCUGGAUUGAAUGAGCCUGAUGGAUUGUCAGUAGUUGCUUCAUCCUUGAGAAGCACCAGGAAGGCAUCUGCACUGUCACAGGCACCUAACCACUUCAUUGAUGAUCUCCCUCCACCAGCCCAAGAGCUGCUGGAUGACAUUGAGUAUUUAAAGCAGCAAGAUUCCAUCACUCAAGAGUUUGAAGAGAAGGGAUUAUUUGACCAUGGAAUGCAAAUAAAUGUUGCUGGUCAAAUUAAAAUGGAAGACAGAGACACAAAAGAAGAAAUUGAGCAAAAUGAGAAGAGAGAUCAUAGUGUAUUGACUAAGGAGGCAUUUAAUUUAGCAGAGGAAACAGAAAGGGCUCACUCCACUCUUGACGACAUUUUAGAAGGAAUUCUCCAUGCUGUUCCUGCAGAUGAGGAAAUCCAAGAACAACCUCAGGCACAUGCCCUUGGGGCUGCAAGCCUGAAAGAUCCAGAAGAUCUUGGAAGGAAGAAGGGAGUAGAGGAAGGUGGAGCUGGGACCAGAAGCAGCGAGCCAGAAGGCUGUGCAGGGAGUUCAGAAGAUACACACCCUGAAGAUCAGAAAUUCCGCUUACGGAAACGGCUGUCUUCACUUUCUCCAUUUAGGAUAAUUGUUUUGGAUCAGAGCAGCUGUCCUACAUGAUUAGAAUGGACAGUGGAAAAAAUUGUAAUAUCUCAACUGUUUACUGCAGCUGGUACAAUAUACUGCCCAUGAACUGCAAACCUUUUUGGCCAAAAAGACUUUGAAUGCUCACUCUUCAUUUAGCUGCAGCAGCAAGUACUGAAAAAAAAUCUUAAUGCUUUUACUUUGUAAUGCAACUGAUACUGUUUUGAUAUGAAGAUCGUAUCAGUAAUACUGCAAAACUGAUCAGUUUUUGGAAUCUAACACCACUUACUAAGCUGCUAUGUGUUUUCUUCUCUUUCUCUGUAUAUGUAUGCUUUCCUAAGCAAAAGAAUUUGUUGUAUUAUGCAGUUUUCAGUGUUACAGACAAAAUGAUUGUGAUUCUGUGGGCUGUUUUCACUGCUCAGGCUCUCAUUUAAUUUUUCCAUGCUGAAGUGUGGAGCGCUGUGCUACAGCCCAUGUGCUGUAUGUUUUUCCUUGCUCAUUAAAUUUAACAAGGGUAAUUUCUUGUUUUCUCUUAGUGCUUUUGUGAUCUAGAGUUGAACUGAUUUGACUGAUUAAGGGGAUUAAUUACUGUGCAAAAAGUUAAUGAGAAAAAGAUAGUGUUCUUUCCGAGAUUGCAACUGCACCAAUACGUUCCCUGUCAGUGUUAGACAAGAAUAUGCAAAGUUAUUUCUGGUUAGCAUUACUAAGAUACGUUCUGUUUAAUUAAACUACAGUUUUGGUAGGCCUCAUCCAAAAGAAAAAAAAAAUCCCUCUACUUGAAUUCUGGAUCAGGCUUUUGAUGGGCACAGCAACUUUUUAAUACUGUUCAGGUGCAGGAUGUGUAACGGUUGUCCUUAGCCCUGUUGAACAGACAGCGGAAUUUUAGCUGCCUUCACGUACUUGGGUGUACCAUGUGUUGCUUUUCCAUCCUUGUUCUGCCUAUCUGUAACUGUUAAUGAAUUGGGUUUAAUGACGCUAAUAAAAGUUUCUAAGCUUAAUGUGC